UUUAUUAUCUAUACUUAUGAUAAUAUACGUGUAUGGUAGGAGAGAGAUAAUGUAUGAUAUGUAAUACAAUACAUAAUAUUAACAUAAUUUGUUAUAAUUCUUAUUCUCUACAUAAUAUACAAAUAAAUAAAACAAUUUUCUCAAAUUCCUAACUCAAAUCUUCUCUAAAUUAUCUAGUAUUUAUCAUUAUUUUGUGAUUUGAUACACAGCAUCUUAGACAAAUUUUUAAUUUUAUCGAUAUGAUCUCUUUCCAGACAAACGGCCUUAUACACGAUCAGAUGCCAUAUUAUUUUCCCUUCUUCCUUCUACAAUAUAAACGGGCAUUCUUACGCGUCAGCGUCGGGUAUUCAGUUCGAAGCAGAUAUAUUUUUAUCGUAUCAUGCCACGUAAUCUCUAAGCAAGUCUUUUUGCUGACGGCUCAUGCGCAUUGAACAUCGAUGAAUUUUCCAGCUUUAUGCCCCGCCAUGUUACGAUCGCGUUAAUUUGCAUUCUUCUGCGAGAGGACUGAUCGAACCUCGUGUCGGCCGAACUUUAUUUUUGUAAGCCGACACAUUACAUCGUUAUGCACGGCGACUUGCGGUGCAUAGGUAUCCUCGAGAUAAUAGAAAACCGUUGUUCGACUAUUAACAAAUAUAGAUGUAACAUUGAGAUAUAAACAAUUGAAAACGAAAAAAUGCAAAGUCUUCGAAUCGCGAAUGUUGAUGCAAAUAUUUAUAUGUGAUCACGGACCGAAUUCACAAUAAAUACUCUUGAAAAUUUUCGAAAGAACUUGAAUCGCCUAAAAAUAUACGUCUUAACAAUUUGUUUUAAUGGAAUAACAAAAAACCUAUAAGAUACAACUAUAAAUUAUAAAUAUCAUUUUCCAGUUCACGAAAUCGACGAUGAGUUGUUGAAUUAAUAAUUUGUUGCAACCAGCUAAUCUUAUUCACAAGUACCACAAUUAAUUUGUAAAUAUAUUUGAACCAUAUUUAUAAAUAUUACAAUUUGUAAACUGUCUCUCUGCACUGCUCGGGCGUAUGAGCAAUUGAUUUUAUUUAUGACUAUAAGGUUAGUUAUUAUAGUUGUAACAAAUUAUUCUGAUAAGUUCGAAACUCGUCGAUUUCUACUGGAUUAUAUUGACUUGCGUCGCAAAGAUAAUGAGAGAAGAUUAAUUUAUUCCGUCCAAGUUUUCAUUUAACUAAUUCACGUUUAACGUGUGUGCGUUACGUACACAUAAAGGAUUGUUAAUUUACCUCACAAGUGAAUUAGAUAUUUUUCGGGACGUAUAUGCGUCUUUGACGCUAUACGGUUUCAAAAACUACCUAAAUUUAUGUAAAUUUAUGUAAAAUUUUAAGCAUUAACGAUCCCAUGUGUACGUACAGUGGCACGCCAGAAUGCGAAGUAAUCUCUAUACAUAUAAUAAUGGCCGUGCUCUUUCUCUCGCCCCCUUUCCUCUUUUUGUUCGUUACUCCCGAAGACAUCUGUGCGUUCGGAGAAACCAUAUGAAUCAAGAUUGAAUUAAACGUUCGUUUAACCGAAGGUUAAUCUAACCUGACGCCACGCGGAGCGCGAUAGCGUAGGAUCGCGGAAAGAAAACAGUUCUAUUCGCCGUCCCUGAACAAUCAAUAUGGCUUCGAGAUGUUGCUCUCACUCUCAAAGCACGCCCAGCAUAAGCGCGUGGCCAUCUUUCUGUCUCGUUUCGUUUCCCUCUUUCAUGGACAACGGCAACGACAACUUCAGUGCCGUUGGUUCGGGUUGCUUCGCGCCACUUCGGGAUCGUCGAUCUGAUUAGUCAAACGGGUCUUUGGCUGGAGAACAGCGAUGCCAAUUUCGAGGCUCUGCCAUCGAGCCACAGCUGUGGAGGGGAAGAAGAACCAAAGGCAAGAACCAAUCAUAUUAAAGAAUUACUGACCAUUCACUGAGUCUUUAAUAUGAUUGGUCCCUGCCUUUAGCUCUUCUUCCCCUCCACAGCAAUGGCUCGGUGACAGAUCCUUGAAAUUAGAAUUGCAGCUCGGGAAUUUUCGACUUGCUACGACCGAGCCGAGAGCAGCCAAAGGUAGUCGAUGGAAGCCAAUGGAAGCAACGGUGGAAGAGACGAGUGUGCAUGCGGUAUACACUGUUCACUGAUGAAUACUGUUUAUCUAGCGAUAUAUACAGUGGAUGAAAGUGUAACAGAGAGGAAGAGAGAGAGAGAAAAAAAAUAAGAAAGGGAGAACAGAGAAGAGGCAAGCACGGCGUCCCGCCAUCGGUAGCAAAGGAGGAUCGAUGAGUCCGCGUCGUCGAUAAGCGUCGCCGAUAAGCGCGCAACGGGGUGAGAUCGAUUGCCGCGCCAGAAAGCGGCGCGUUAGUGUCGGGCAGGUAGAUAGAUAGGACGAAGGGCGGAACGAGUAUAGAAGUAUAGAUGAAGACUAGAACAAUCACGAAGGAAUAGAACGAGUACGAACACUGGAUAGAGAACUGGAAGAAAAAAAACGGACCACCCGGAAGAAAAAGUGUUAAAGGAAGAAAGAAUAACUAAUUGGAAGGAUAUGCGGAGGAGUAUGUAUCGGUAGGAGUAAAGGAACAGACGGCAGGAUGAGAUACGUCUUCGAAGAUGUGCGUCAUUGCUCGUUGCAGCAGAUCUGUUGCUCGUAGCGGUGGCUAACCACAUGCAUCAGGCAUGGCUGAUGUAGCGUCGUCCGAGAAUGACAACGGGCUCAUCAUCGCGACGUCCGAGGGAUGUCGGACGCCACUGGUGACGGAGACCGAUGGCGUCAACGGUGAGGAGGGAACCGUCGCUGACAGCAGACUUGUCGACGAGAAAGUCAGUAUUCAUGAAAUCCUCGAAGGAAUGACGAAUGAAUUUAACAAGGGUGUAAGUCCGAUGAAAAAUGACAGUGAUAAACCGGGAGUUGAAGAGAUGGUAACAUCACCGUUGCCAUCAAAGGUCGUUGAUGAGACGUCCAAGGGAAAAGGAGAGCUCGACGAUGUAAGCAAGGAAGUUGCUGAAAGUCCAAAAGAUGUAAUUACCUCUCAGACCUCAGAGGAAAAUCAUAAGAGUGGGGAGGAUGGUUCACCAGGAAGUAAGCAGGAAGCAGCCAAAAAGGAUAACAAAGCUAGGAUUGUCCUGACGUUUAGGACUAUCGAUGAGAAUACCGAUCAUGGCAAGAAGACCAAGAUAUCUAGUUGUUCCUCUAAUCUUACUUUAGUUCCUGACGACUUAGCUAAUUUGAACUGUGGUCAAAUAGAUGGUGUCUCAGUAAAAAUAGAGAAUUCUGAUGAGAAUUGUGAUGUAGUGGAAGAAACUCAAGCAGAGGAGUCCCAAGCUCAGAAGGAGGCUCAAGCGGAGGAAUCUCAAACAGAGGAGUCCCAAGCAGAAGAAUCUCGAUCACAGGAGUCUCAGGUAAAUGAGACGGAGGAAUCUACAAUGGGGACAGAACCAAAGAUUAUGGAUGAAGAUAAAGUGGAAACUGCAGAAGAGAAACUUCAGAGUGAACUUCCUAUCCAAAAGAAAUCUGACACUAUAGAGAAUAACACUGAAGAUAGCAAUGUUAAGGAAAAGUUUGCAGAAGAUACAGCACAAGAAGAAACUAUGGCACCAGUCACUAGAAAGAGAAGAAUUGGACGACCUAGAUUACUUAGAGCACUUAGUGAUUCAGUUUCUCAAGAUGAGGAAACUCCUGGUCCCAAACGUUCAGCUAGAAGGUUGUGUAAAGAAUCUGUAAAGAGCACUGUACUGGAAAGUGCCAUGGCACGCAAAGAAAAGUCUAAUUAUACAGAGGAAUACAAAAAGAAGAAAUAUAAUAGACCAGGACGACCUAAGAAGAUUGUUCCAGGUAAAGAACAGAUGAAGCAGACACAAGCGAAAAUUUCUGAUAUUCGCCAGGACAUGGAGACAUCACUAACGUCUGAUGUUAGCACGGAUGGCAUGAUGUUGGAGUCUUCGCGGAAUACUUCGCUGGAAAAUAGCAUAAAUGACACAGUCAUAGAAGAUUCACAAUCGUUUUCGUCUGACUUCGAAGGAAUGCCGAAGCUAUCACCAAUGACGAGGAGUUCAGAAUCACAGCCCAAACUGGGUAAUUCCAUUGGUAGUCCUAGUGGUAGUGAUGAUAUACCUUUGGCUGAUAUUCAGAAACCUUUCCUGAAACCUGCCACGCAAUCUGUUCGACCCAAGAGAGAGAGAGGACGUCCUCGUGGAACCACUCAAGCGGCACGAAAGAUGGCAAAGUCAGAUGCAUUUGAAGAUAAUUCUCCGUCCGUUGCAGAAGGGGGUAAAAAUAAUGAUUAUCCUGAAGAGAUGCCGAUUAAACGUACUCGCCGGAGUACAAUGUCGAGUCCCAGUCCUGCAGAAGGACAAGCAUCAAAACCAGAAUCAACAGCAAUUAUAACCGAAACGUACAUGCACACCAUGCUGUGCUUAUGCCAAGUGCGAUCUCAGUUAUACGUGACGAUAACUGGUUCCGGGGGACCACUUUACUGUACUGCUAUCGACUCGAUCGACAACCGAGUGGUGGGCUGCUGCAACGAAGUAGAUGCUAACGAUGUGGCAAUGCGGCGACCGAGCACUCGCAUACCUUUUAUUAUUCUUUGUCGUAUGCACAAGGAACGAUUGCUACGUCACAAUUGCUGUCCCUCAUGCGGCAUGUUUUGCUCGCAAGGCAGAUUUGUGCAGUGUGUCAAUGGUCAUCAGUACCAUCGUGAGUGCGAGAUAUACCCGAAUAAGAAAGGGGUUUGCCCGCACUGUGGUAGUGAAACUUCUGCGUAUGACGUACUGAUAACAAUAAAUGGUAUGCGACGGCCGGUUUUUAUUCCCACUCGGAAAAAAUUUUCCAAAUUGCCAUCUGCAAAGAUGAGCCUACCUGGAAAAGGUGAUAAUACCAAAUUGGCUGAAAAUCCACCUUGUCCGUUGAUCAAGCCUGAUGUUAUCAAUAUACCCGAACCGUCGAUUAAUACCGAAAGACCAGAGCGUUAUACUAUCAUGAGUCUCUACACGUCUGUGAAGAACGGGGAUCUUGAGAAAUUGGUAAAUGUAUUAGCAUGUGGUUAUAAUGCAAAUCACACAUUCCGGGAUUAUGCUCACCGGACGGGUCUGCACAUUGCGGCAGAUAAAGGCCAUUUGUCAUGUGUACACGUUCUGGUUCAAGCUGGUGCUCAAGUAGAUGUAAUGGAUAGGAAUCAAUUAACGCCACUGAUGCUAGCCUCAAGUAAGGGUAAUGCCGCUGUGGUGAAAUACCUAGUCAGGGUAGGCGCCGAUGUGACGCUGAAGGGUGAGGACGGUAUGACUGCUCUACAUAUGGGUGCUAAGUCCGGUCAUUUAGAAGUCUGCAAAAUUAUUCUGACUGAAUGUAAAGUUCCGAGAACAUUAGUAGAUUCUGUGGACGAUGGCGGCUGGACAAGUUUAAUCUGGGCAUGUGAGUUUUGCCACGCGGAUGUCGCACGGUAUUUAUUAGAUAAAAAAUGCGAUCCGCUUAUUCGAGAUGCCGAGCAGAAUAUAGCAUUGCAUUGGAGUGCCUUCAGUGGCAGUUCCGAGAUCACAGAGAUGCUUCUCAAUGAGGGAUGCGAUGUGAACGCUGUCAAUGUCCACGGUGAUACCCCCUUACACAUAGCAGCUAGACAAGAUCAAUAUGCAGUUAGUGUUCUACUCUUAGCGCGUGGUGCUAAAAUAGGAGAGGUGAACGCUGCUGGUGAAACCGCGGUGAAUUGUUGCGCUUCAGACGGUGAUACUAUGGCUGCCUUGAGAUUGAAUGCAAAAGUCAACGAACUCUCCGAGCAUAUGUGGGAGAAAACGGUUAAAAUAUUAACAAAUGACAUUUCACGUGGAAAGGAAACAAAUCCUAUACAAUGUGUUAACGGAUAUGAUGGCGAGGAUAAGCCGACAGAUUUUCUUUACGUGACGGAGAAUUGUUUUACAAGUCACAUCAAUGUGGACCGCACAAUUACAUCGUUGCAGUCUUGUCGAUGUGAGGAUAAUUGCAGUUCCGAAAAGUGCUUGUGUGGCAAUAUAAGUCUGCGAUGUUGGUAUGAUGAGGAGGGAAAGCUUAUACCAGAAUUUAAUUAUGCAGAUCCACCAAUGUUAUUUGAAUGCAAUCCAGCUUGUGAUUGUAACCGCAUUACAUGUAACAAUCGAGUGAUUCAGCAUGGAUUGACGCAACGGUUUCAAUUGUUUCGCACAAAAUGCAAAGGCUGGGGUCUUCGAACUCUUCGACAUAUUCCUAAAGGUACCUAUGUUUGCGAAUAUGUCGGUGAAAUAAUCUCGGAUUCUGAGGCUGACCAUCGCGAAGAUGAUUCUUACUUAUUCGAUUUGGACAACAGAGAUGGAGAAACAUAUUGUAUAGAUGCCAGACGUUACGGAAAUAUUGCUCGGUUUAUUAAUCAUUCAUGUGCGCCGAAUCUGUUGCCGGUGCGAGUGUUUGUUGAACACCAGGAUUUACAUUUUCCAAGGAUAGCGUUUUUCGCUAAUCGCGAUAUCGAAGCAGAUGAAGAGCUCGGCUUCGAUUAUGGCGAGAAAUUCUGGAUAAUAAAGUGCAAGUCCUUCACAUGUACCUGUGGUGCCGAAAACUGCCGUUAUUCUGAGAAGACUAUACAAGUUACGUUGGAUAACUAUCGAAGAAAGAUACAGCAAGAGGAAAUGCUGGCAGCUCAAACCUCGUCGUAACCCUAAUGUGAUUUAGUUUAAUUCUUUAGGUGUUUACGAUUUCUCAUGAACGGACACAAUGACGGUAGCGAUUGAUCAUGUGUUAGUGCUCUGCGUCAUUUCAUCGCGCAACUGAUUGCCGCAAUACGCGUAGAAUCAUUAAAGUACAAAUGCAAAACGGUGAUGGGAUGAUAAAACAGUUCGAUUAGGUUCUUUUACUAAUAUUUCUUUGCGCUGUAAUAUAUCAAUCGGCUACGCAGCAGUCAUGUUCGGUUGUAUUAUUUUUUUUUGCCGAACACCGAACUUGUCCAUGUUAAUAUGAAAUUGACAACCGGUCUAUCAAGAUUUUUAUUGCUCUUUUUAUUUUAAAUAUUGAUAUUGAUGAAUUUUAUUUUAAAUAUUGAAAUUUUAAUAGUAAUUUGAAAUAAAAAAGUAAACGACUUGUGAGAAUGUUUUAACAAAAACGAUUAUGCCAAUUUAUCUGAAAGAGUUAUGAGAAAUAUUUGACUUUUAUAAAGAAUUAUUUUUUUAGAAGCAUCUCCCGCUUUUCUUGGCAGACCGGUUAAUAUCAAUUUGUAUUAUAAUGAAUCUUUGAUUUGCUUUGAAAAGUUUACAGAGGAAGUAAUAAUUGUAACACGUUUUGCAAGAUAUCUUUAUUACAUUUUUUCUUAAUUCUCUUUUGAGUCAAAAACUUCAAAGAGAUUUCAAUCCCUUGUCACUUCUCGCCCGUAUUUUUUUUUCGAGGCUUGCUCGUAUUCGUUUUUUUUGCUGAUCUUCUCUAUGAGGAUGCAAGGAUUCUAAGAGAAAGUGCCACAUCGAUCUUUUUCUCUUUUUAGCGAAAUAACGAUAUGCAUAAUAUAUACUUAUAUAUGUAUAUAUAUAUAUGUAUAUGACAAUUAUUAGCUAUUGUGCGUGUGUGAGGUAUGAAGGUAGUAAAUUGUAUGUUGAGAAUAUUGUUAUGGUCCUAUUUGGACAAAGUAUGUGAUUGAUAGGACAUAAAGCUGCCAUCGCUUUUAAGUGAAACGAUGUUAGAAUGAUCGCAGCGCGUGUUCGUGUGUUCCUUAUUAUAAAUCGUCACGCUAUUUUAUUCCAAUUAGCUCUAUUCAUGUCUCGGAGUAAAGCAUUUUAACGUUGAGUUCACUAUAAGCGAUGUAAUUUGUAAGAAAUUUUUUUGUACAAACGAUCGAUUUUUUUGUAUAAUAAAAGUUAUAAUCCUUUUUAA